GUGCUGUAGGAUGUAAAAAGAUGUUGAGAAGUUUAAGAAGGGGAAGUGGAAAGGGCAUUUUAGGAGAAGGGAGUGGCAGCCGGCCGAAUGCCACUUGGAACUAAAAUCUCCCAGACUAAGCUAGUCUUAAAGGAAAUUUAAAAGUACUUCUUCCAAUGAAGUCAUGAACCCCUCAAAGUCAUGAGGAUUGGAACAACUUCUUCUAAAUUCCUGUUCCUGUUGAUAUUUUGACUUCUUCCUAUCAACCAUGUAUGAUCUUAGGGACAUCUAGAGUGAAAGAAAAAGAGGAGGAGGAAACAGAAGAAAGAAGAGGAAGAAGAAGUCCCAAAUACCUCACAAGGCUCAGAAUAGUGCUACUGAACCAUGUUGUGCUUUGGCUCAACAUGCUUCGAGACUGACCCCAACUUCACCUUCUUGUAUGGGUUGGGGUUGCUUCUUCUGUUCCUGUGCUACCUGAUGGGGAUUCCAUUUCCAACUGGGAACACCAAACCCAUCCAAAAGCGUCAAGGCAGAGCCAAGAGGAGGAGGAAAGGCGGUACACUGAAAGGUUGGAAAUGCCUUCAGAGAGAAGAGGAAGAGAUAAGGAAGCUGAUGAGUAAUAUAAGGAGCCCCCUAGGCCAGCAACAUGAUACAAUCCACUUUCGUCAACUAUUAUGUCCAGACCCCUUCUGUGAGGUGUGUAAUAACACAACUGCUGAGAUCAAUCGGAUGCUGUACCCAGAGGCCCUCGAAGAUGCUACUUCCUUGGGUUCCACAGCUCCUGUGACUGACUCAUUGUUCACUUCAUCCCCUGCCUUCUCAGCAGACCCUCCAGGAGACCUAACAUCAGCUUCUCUGCCUGAGCCUUCCCUGCCACUUGCCUCCACCUUCCCACCUAACCCAAUGACCCCCUUGGCUGACUAUGUUCCACUCUCACCACCGGAUCACUCUUUGCCACCACAGCCUUGUCCUCCCUUGGAAUCUGAUUUCCCUGAGGACCAUUUCCCAGCCCAACCCCUUGCCGUUUCCCCUCUCCCACCAUGUGAUGCUCAGACAGUGGACCCUGUUGUUCAACCAGAGGCCAAAUUGUCUCUAAAUACCAUCUUCUCUCUUGACUCCACCGUUUCCCAAGAUGUCAACUCCUUAUCGGAGUUGUCCCAGACAAAGAAUCCCACUGGGACCUGUGCUUGUCAUCAUGCACCACCAACCCUGUCUGUUUCACCACCACCAGAUAGCACUUUAACUGUGGCUCAAUCUAAAUCAAUUUCCAUCACCUUGAAGCCUGUUCCGGAGAACUCAUCUCCAGAUGGCCCUGUUGGAUUGUCCACUCAUAUCCCAACAACCACAGGCAUUGACCAUGCAAGCUUGGGUGUCUCAGACUUCUCUUGGUGGAAAACUCAUGCCAAAGACUUCUUCCCUUCUACCUUGGCUCAAUUUGAUUUCAGCCAAGAGAUUCUUGCCCUCCGUUCUGAGGCUUCUUCCAGGGGAAACCCUGUGGCCUAUGUUGUAGAGCCUGGUAACCUGUCUUUCCUCAGCCCCGAAGUCCUGGCACUUCUGGAGAAACAAGUCCAAAAGAGGAGUGAUUUCUUGAUAUGGAAGGGAAAGAAGGGUUCUUUUCCAAAACAACUCAAGCCAGACUACACACUAAAUUCUUUGGGAAAAAUGUCAGAGUCAGUUGAUGCCCAGCCUGGCUUGGCAGCCUCCCUUCCUUUCUGGAACAACAAAGACAAAUCAAAGGAGCUGCAUGUGCAUCAGCAGCCCCUCUAUCCUACAACCUUGGUAGAGGUCAAUUUACAGCAAACACCUUUGCAGCUCUUCUGGGGUCUCCCAACUCUGCAUACUGAGUCUUUGCCGUCUGUUGCCCAUGUCUCAGAGGAUUGUUCCUCAACCUUUAUUUUCAAUAGAAUCUCUACCUCCACAGACCAGGAAUCCCCAGGACUUCCCCCUCCACUUCCUCAAGCCCUGCCUGAGAUCCAGCCUCAAUCCCUGCCUCAAACCCAGCCUGAACCCCAGCCUCAACCCCAGCCCCUACCUCCCACUCAAGUCCAGCCUGAGACCUAUCUUCAAUCCCCACUCCCAAUCCUGCCAUCUAGUCCUCUACCCCAGAUUAAGAGCUGUGGAGUGUGUUUUCAUAGACCCCAGAAUGAAUUGGAGUCUCUCAUCCCCUCUGAAAUUCAAGUCCUAGAAUGGAAUGUUUUGCAGAAGCAACAGGCAAGUUUGUGGGGUUUACCUGCUGUGGUUCAAAGAUCCCAUGAGGCCUUUUGUCCUUCGGCUCCUAACCUGUCUAACCACCGGGCCUUCCAGGCCCAUGGUGCAGUCUUUAUCCUUCCUGGACAGUUUCCUCUCAGUGAUGAGCUUCGUAAGAAACUAGAGCAUCACCUCCGAAAGAGGCUCAUCCAGCACCGGUGGGGCCUUCCCCGCAGGAUCCAUGAGUCUCUAUCACUGAUGAGGCCUCCGAAGAAUUUUUCAAACAUACCUGAGAUGGGGCACUAUCGUAGACUCCAACAGACCUCUAAGAGUCAGAGUAGCAACACUGUAAAUGUUGGGUUGAGCCCACCUGAAAGCUUCCAUGAGGGGGACUCAGAAAUGCUUCAGCUAGAGGACCCCUUUGGGAAGGAUCUGGGAAACAACCCAGAGAAUGGGCCCAAAGAUCAUCUGUUGAGUGACCCAGAGAGCUCUUCAGAUAAGGAUAUGGGGUAUGAUGCUGAGGAAGAACUUAUGAGCCCAUCCGAGAAUACAUCAAGGGCAUCUGUGGAGAGACUAGGCCAAAGGCAACUUGAAAAUGUCCUCAGAAUACAUCUGAGCAAAAAGUUCGAGGAAAUCAAUGAGGGUCAGCUCCCCGGGACCGUGCAUAGUUCAUGGCACACUAUGAAUCAGACAUUGCUUCAUCCUGAGAAAUCCCACACUGAAAUACAACAGAGAGUUCUGCCACCAUCAGUGAGUGGGGAAUAUUGCCUGAAUACCUCCCGGGAGCUUUCCUUCAUUGAAUCUAAUGCACAGCAGAUGCUGGAGUCCCAUAUUAAACAAUUCCAUCAUAGAAAGGUAGAGGGCCUUCCCCCUAAGGACCUUGAAUCCAUAGCUAUCUUUAAAUUGAAAGAGGCCCCAUCCCAGUCCUUAUCCCAUUCGAACCUUCCCUGCUCAACCAACCUGAUUUCUGAGGCCAACUCUAAAUCUGGGGACUUCAAGUCCCUUAGAGGAAGCUCUAAAUCUCUCCAUGGAGACAAAGUGGGAACAGCAAAUUCAGCCCCCAUCCUGGAUCAUUCUCUCCCUGCCACCUCAACUGUGGGCAAGGAAGGACAGGGAAUCCCAGCAAAAUCACUGCGUCCUAUCAAACGUGGGCUUGCAGAGGAAGUUCAGAAAAUGAAGGAUGGUGGACAGACUCUUCAACCUAUCAGACAUAGCAGCAUAGGCAAAGCAAGUGAGACACAGACUGUGCCAGCCAACAGAUGGCCCUCAAAGCAGCCCGCAAGGCAAGCUGGCACCAGGCGUGAGCCAAAGGAUAAGACCGUAAAUCCCAGCGAUAGAGUCAAGAUGCAACAGGGCAAAAUGGUGGUGAAUCCAGAACCUGUUUCUGUGCCCAAAGUGUCCAGGGAGUUAUUCAGGGCUGAGGAGCUAGAUGGGCGACAAUCAAAACCUAGAGAUAGCUUGACAACCAGCCAGCCAGGAAGCCCCCAAAUGAUAAAUGUGAAUGCAAAUAAGGACAAACGUACUGUGACCAUUAAAAGCCACCCACCAAACACAUCAAUUCCCCAAGAUCCUAAUUUAACAGAACGGCUGUAUAAGGAAUUAAAGCUUAAAUUGGAGCAAAGACAGCAGAGCUGGGCCCAGAGCAAAGACAACGACCUGCCCCCCUCGACUUCCAAGGCCUCCCUGACUCAUGACCAGGAGGACUCCAGUGGGGACAUGGGAGCUUCCCUGGUGCUUCACGUCCGUGUGCAGGACACAGGAAUUAGUACGGAACAGCAGCAGGAUACCUGGGUCCCUAAGCAUGUCUUAAGGAAGCACCAGCACAAGAAUCUCCCACCAGCUACAGAGACAGUGAGCCCUCCGUGUUCCAAAGCACAAGAGUUUGGUGGAGGGGAUGCAGGGUUGGGGACAUCCCAGCCUAUAAGGAAGAGUUGCCCUCCUCGGGACGUGGCACUGGCGGAGAAGCCUGGGAGCCAAUCCUCCCGCAUCCUAUCACAGAAGGGUCAGCCUCCCCCUGAAAGCCUUUUUAGAAAAAAAGUGAAGGCUAUUUUACAAUGGCUGAAUCCUGGCAGAAAAUGCAAAAGACAAGAAAACUCCCAGGAAAAGGGCAUCCUGCCAUGUGUGCAAAGCAGAGGCAUGGUUCAAGGUAGACCUGCCUUUACUGGGAGGACCGAAGCUCAGAAACUCAGGAAAGAUGUUGGCAAGUUCUUAGAAGAGAAGAUGGGGCACCGGCAUGCUACAGAUAGUGCCUGUCCUCAACAGCCCCUUCUGUCCUCAGCCAAGUUUGGGAAACCUCGGAAGGAAGCACAAGUGCAGGCCCAGGCACAGCCUGCCCAGGGGCCUCCUCUCAGCUACAGGGCUCCCUCCUGUAAAGAGAGAAAUACCAAGUCCUGUCACCAAGAAGCUGUCUUUGUGGGCCACAGCCAUUCUCCAAGUAUUAGACAGAUCAGGGACAAGGGCAGACACCCCCAGGAAGCUGUGGCCCUUAAGGGCCAGCUGUUGUGUCAGAACCAUCGCCUGUCUGUGCCCCACAGGGAGCCUGUGCCCCACCCACACUGCACCUGCAGGCAUCAAGCUGGCCAGGGGCCUCCAGCCACUCUCACCACUGCUAAAGGUACGGUAUUUGGAGAUCGGUGUCUAUCAUUGAGACAGAAAACCCUUCUCCAGAAUUUCGAGAGGGGGAAAUUUCCCAGCCCGAAUCCCACAAAAUAACCCCUUUGAUUCUCCCCAAUAAACAUUCC